CUCUCUCUCUCUCUCUCUCUCUCUCUCUCUCUCUCUCUCUCUCUCCUUCUCUCUCUCCUGUUUCUCUCACACACCACACCUAGCUGAUCUUGUUUUUCAACCACUACACUACUCUACCCAGCGUGCUGGUACAAGGGAAAUAAAUCCAAUCCUUCACUGAUGGGUCUCACGUAAAUCAAUUCGACCGACCGCACUGGUUAUCUGUGAUACCCUGCGUCUAGGUAUUUGUUGGUGUCGGAAAACUCCAAAUUCAAAUAGAGGAAAGAACGAGAAAUGGUGGGACCGGAGCGGCCAUUGUUCGUGUUGUUUGGAUCAUCAAUAGUGCAGCUGAGCUUCAGCAAUGGCGGAUGGGGUGCUAUCCUCUCCGAUGUCUAUGCCCGUAAAGCUGAUAUAAUUACACGAGGUUAUUAUGGCUGGAACUCAAGGCGAGCUGUCCAAAUUCUUGAUCAAGUUUUUCCAAAGGACACUGCUAUUCAGCCUUCUUUGGUGAUUGUGUAUUUUGGUGGCAAUGAUUCCAUGGGAGCUCACUCAUCUGGACUAGGUCCUCAUGUACCUCUUCCGGAAUAUAUUGAAAACAUGAAAAAAAUCGCAAUCCAUCUUAAGAAUCUAUCGGACAACAUUCGCAUAAUAUUUCUCAGUUGCCCUCCUGUUAACGAGGCUAAACUUCGUGAAAACACUAGUUCGUAUUUCAGUGAGCUAGUCCGCACAAAUGAGUUGUGCCGGAUAUAUUCAGAAGCUUGUAUAGAAUUGUGCCGAGAAAUGGAUCUGAAGGUAAUCGAUCUUUGGACUGCAAUCCAGAAACGAGAAGAUUGGUCGAAUGCUUGCUUUACCGAUGGGGUUCACUUGUCAGCUGAGGGCAGUAAGGUAGUUGUGGAGGAAAUACUGAAGGUGCUCAAGCAAGCAGAGUGGGAACCUAGUCUACACUGGAAAUCCAUGCCAACUGAAUUCUCCGAGGACUCCCCUUAUGAUCUCGUCGCUGCUGAUGGGAAAACAACCAUAAAUCCCUCGGAAUGGACGUUCCACAGAGAAAUAAAAUGGGACUAGGUGAGCAAUUCUGCUCUCUCAACUGCUACCAUUUCAUAUUAGAAACUUUGUUCCAGAGUCAGUAAACGCAUCAAGCAAGAACAUGCGAGUGUAGGUAUAGAACUGGAUAUAUCGAUCGGCUCAUUUGCUUGGCUUUUAAAUUUGAACGUAAGAUUGAUGUACGAACAACAAUAUAUCGUAACGAUGGCUCUGAUGAAAGCAAUUUAUGAUAACUCAAGAUCAAACUUGCAUAAGACGUUAUCUGUGGAAUCGUUCACCAAGUGACAAGUGUGAUAGACUAAUCUGUAAUAAUGUAUGAGAUAAAUUGUGAUA